GCCGCCUCCAGCACAGUUGCUUCCGCUUCAGCUCCCUCACCUGUUCCAACGUCCCACUCAGGUCAUCCGAGGUCAUGAUGCACAAGCUGCAGCUGUUGGUGCUGGUGGUGUGCGUGGCGGUGGGCCCCAGCCUGGCCCAGAUCACCUUCUCGCGCUCGUGGGUGCCGCAGGGGAAGCGCUCGGGGGUCACAGGGGCCCUGAUGGCCCCUGAGGGACCUGCUCACCUGGGGGAGACCUGUCAUGGCGCCUACGUAGAUGCCCUCUUGCAGGUCGCCGCUCUGGUCAAUAACUUGAUCAGGACUGCACAGGAAGCCAUCACUGUAGAUCCUCGUCUCCUGAACCCAAAAGCAUCGAGAUAGAUGU